AUGUUAAAUAGUGUAGACUUGAUUCCUGAGAUUUUGAGAUUUCUGAAAGGUGAAUUAUAUCUUUGCAAGCCCAAUGUCAUGCCUUGGAUGAGUUGGAGCAUGCAAGGAAAGAUCUUGAUGGUCCAUGGUUUUUUCUGUAAUAUACUGUAG